UUCCCUGAGCCAUUUGAAGUAAACCGACAGUUGUACCAUAACAUUUUUGAGCGUGAAACGCGCAGGCGGUGGGACGACUUCCAUAUUUCAAAUUUGUCCCUUUUGUCAGACAACCAGACGAAUUGGAGUUUCAUCAGAUUGGGGAGUUCGGAGGUCAAAGGAACUGUUUGUUGGUUUUGAUCCAAAAAGCUUGGAGUUUGAAGCGUUUUGUUUGUUGGAAUCAGCAAACUUGGCUGAGUAGCCGGUGAGACGGGAAGAGGGUUGUGUGAGGGGAGUCUUGAUUUUCAUCUACAUGAUCAGACGGAUGACGUGGUCCACUAAACAACUUAGAAUAUUUUUUCCAAUUUCACGAAGGGAAUUCCACACUUGAUAGAGUUCGGGAGAUUUUCGAACAAGAAAGCAAGGUAGUUAGUACUCAUGAUGUCAGUCUCUGCCGAAUACAAGCCAUGCAAAAUUCUUCACGUCUCUGUACGAAAAAAUGUGACUUUUACAGUUUUUCAGGACCACAAAUUUGCAAAUUUGCAGCGUCGCUUCAACAAACAGAUUCAGAAUUGUUUUCUCCAUCUGGUCACGAGGGAAAUUUUGGUAGUAAUGCCUGACUAGGACGACUCUCACUCCAGCCGAAAUCGAGUAGGUCAGAUGGGAUAAAAAAACGUUUUUCUCGUUUUACAACCUUGCAUUUGUAGAAAAUUUCAGAUCUGCCCACCUACCUCUUUAAUGAGGUGCUGUUUGCAUGGUUAAAGCCACAUGAGUACAAGUAGCAGAAGAUUGUUUCACAAAAAACACCAAGGCUUGUGGAAUAGUGAGAGAACAGACACAAGGAUAUGGAGCCAGAGGCAACUAUGGCAGCUACCUGCAGCACUCAUGAGGAGUCAAGCACGAAAGAAGAUCAUCAUCGUCUGAUUCUAAGUCCGGCGUCACGCUUGUUCCAUUCCCCGCGGUUCAACUGUUACAUCGUUAUUAUCAUGGGACUCAAGACGAGGAUCGAUUCAAACGUUGUCAAAAAUGGUUUGAAAGUCUUGCACAAUCAUCCGCGCUUCUCUUGCAGGCUGUUGAUAAUUUACAGUUUUCUCUUGUAUAAGGAUGACAGAGGCGGAAAGAAGAGAUGGAUUCAAGUUUCGGUAAAUCAAGAAGACCAUGUUUUUGUUCCAACCUUGAAUUCAAAAAUAGAACAUCCGGAGGAAUUUGUAGAAAACUACAUUUCCAACCUUACGGCAUCACCUCUUGACCUUUCCAAGCCGUUGUGGGAGGUACAUCUCCUCAACGUCAAAACCUCGAACGCAGAAGGGCUUGCAGUGAUCCGGAUGCACCACUCUAUGGGAGAUGGCGCGUCUCUCAUGUCCCUUUUGCUAGCAUGUACUAGAAAAACAACCGACCCGAAUGAACUGCCUAGUGUUCCCACCCAGGAACGGGCGGAUUCCUCAAGUGAUCUGGGCUGGUUCUGGCGUUUCAUGUUGGCUAUUUGGUAUGGUAUCACACUGAUAGCGAACACUUUGGUCGAUAUAAUGUUGUUUAUAGCAACACUUCUAUUUUUGCAAGACACAGAAACUCCUAUCAAAGGUUCAUCUGAUGUUCAUCUAACCACUAAACGCUUCUUGCAUCGGACUGUCAGUAUGAAUCACAUAAAGCAAACGAAGAAUGCGAUGGGCACGACUGUCAAUGAUGUUGUAUUGGGAGUGGCACAAGCGGGUCUCUCGCGCUAUUUGAAUCACAGAUACACAGGCCAAAAUGUGCAAGAUAUAGGAACAAAGCAGAAAGGGAGUUAUCUUCCGAAAAAUAUACACGUUAGAGCUAACAUUCUCGUUAAUUUAAGACCAACUGUUGGGAUCCAGGAUCUGGCUGAUAUGAUGGCUAAGAAGUCCAAGGUCAGGUGGGGUAAUUGGAUAGGUUAUAUCCUUAUCCCCUUCACCAUUGCUCUACAAGAUGACCCGUUGGAUUAUGUUCGCGGAGCCAAAGCUGUCAUUGAUCGGAAAAAACAUUCCCUCGAAGCUUUCUUCACACACCUGACUGCCAAUCUCGUAAUCAAAAUAAUAGGAGCUAAGGCAGCCGGAGUUAUAGCACACAGAAUUAUUUCUCAUUCUACGUUCUCAUUCUCAAACUUGGUUGGUCCCCUGGAAGAAAUUAGUUUUUACGGCCAUCAAAUAACUUUCAUGUCUCCUCAUGUUUACGGGCAUCCUCACGCAUUGCAUAUGCAUUGGCAAAGCUACGCGGAUGAAAUGACAGUUUGCUUAACUGUUGAUCCGAAUGUAAUACCUGAUCCUGAGAAGUUGUUGGACGAUUUAGAGGAAUCGCUUAAACUCAUUAGUCACGCUGUCAUGGAAAGAGGGCUCGCCGUGGAAGUUGUCUAGCGCGAAAGGUGGUGUGCAGUUUGUUGUGAACAGAGAGCAGAGUCAGUAGAUGAUCUAAGCUUUCUAUUAUGCGCAUGGUGGAGUAUUGACUUUCUGAGGUGCUUAUGGACGUAAGUGUAAGCACAGCUCAAACAGCUACAUGUGAAAUGUGCUUCUCCUUGCUAUUGUAAGCCGGGUAGUUGGCUCAACUUAGGUGUGAUGUUUGUCUUUUUUUAGUUAGUUGAUUUGAGCAGUCAAUCUUGUGUUGGGGAGAAUCGUUGAUUCGCUUAGAGUCACUGUAAUAUCUCAGUUGCUCGAAAAUGUUCAUCUCCUUUUGUUGAAUGCUUUGGCUGGAUGUAGUAAAGGAGAGCUUUGAUCUGUUAUAUGUAAAACCAUUACACAGUGAAAUGAAACCUGAAUUUCUUCCCUUCA